AUGGGUAACAAACAGGAGGAACUGGAGGCCAUUGUACAGAUGAGGUUAGGUCAGUACUACAUUGGUUUUUUACAGCUGGCAUAUAUAGGCUACUUGAUGCUCUUCAAUUAUAUAGUGUUAGUGAAGAUGGAUCGCUGGCCGUCUACACAGGAAUGGAUUGUCAUCUCAUACAUUUUCACUUUGGGAAUAGAGAAGAUGAGAGAGAUAUUGAUGUCAGAGCCUGGGAAACUGUUACAGAAAGUAAAGGUUUGGCUGCAGGAGUACUGGAAUGUUACUGAUCUCAUAGCCAUUCUCCUGUUCUCCGUCGGGAUGGUGCUCCGUCUACAAGACCUGCCACUUCGGAGUGAUGGCCGAGUGAUAUAUUGUGUUAACAUUAUUUACUGGUAUAUACGGUUAUUAGACAUCUUUGGAGUAAACAAGUAUUUGGGACCAUAUGUUAUGAUGAUUGGGAAAAUGAUGAUAGACAUGAUGUACUUUGUCAUCAUCAUGUUGGUGGUUCUGAUGAGCUUUGGUGUCGCAAGACAAGCUAUUCUUUUCCCCAAUGAGGAGCCUUCAUGGAAGCUGGCGAAAAACAUUUUUUACAUGCCUUACUGGAUGAUCUAUGGGGAAGUGUUUGCAGACCAGAUAGACCCUCCUUGUGGUCAAAAUGAAACCAGAGAAGAUGGCAAAAUAAUCCAGCUACCUCCCUGCAAGACAGGAGCAUGGAUCGUUCCUGCCAUCAUGGCCUGUUAUCUCUUGGUUGCAAAUAUCCUUUUGGUGAAUCUCCUCAUUGCAGUUUUCAACAAUACAUUUUUUGAAGUCAAAUCCAUAUCCAACCAAGUAUGGAAGUUUCAAAGAUAUCAGCUAAUCAUGACAUUUCACGAAAGACCUGUUCUCCCUCCACCUCUGAUCAUUUUCAGCCAUAUGACUAUGAUAUUCCAACACCUCUGCUGCAGAUGGCGGAAGCAUGAAAGUGACCCAGAUGAGAGAGAUUACGGAUUAAAACUUUUCAUAACUGAGGACGAACUGAAAAAAGUCCAUGAUUUUGAAGAGCAGUGCAUAGAAGAAUAUUUUAGAGAAAAGGAUGACAGAUUCAAUUCCUCCAAUGAUGAAAGAAUCCGUGUAACUUCAGAAAGAGUAGAGAACAUGGCCAUGAGACUGGAAGAAGUAAAUGAGCGAGAGCACGGUAUGAAGGCCUCCCUGCAGACUGUUGACAUCAGGCUUGCUCAGCUGGAAGAAAUGAUGGGACGAAUGGUGACCGCCUUAGAAAAACUGACUGGAAUAGACAGAGGUGAGACAACCAAGAUACGAUCCAGGACCUCAUCGGACUGUACUGAUGCAGCCUACAUUGUGAGGCAGAGUAGCUUCAAUAGUCAGGAGGGAAAUACUUACAAGCUUCAGGAGAGCAUAGAUCCUACAGGAGAGGAGUCCAUGUCCCCAACAUCCCCUUCGAUCACACCCCGCAUGCGAAGCCACUCCUUCUUUGCAACAAAUAUGAAGGACAAGUAUGGGUUGGAAAAGUUUGAAAGCAUUUUUAAGGAAAGAUCUCCAAGCCUCCAUCGAGCUAUCAGUUCCCACUCGAUAGCAAAAGAUGGAAAGGUUCCCUUAGCCCCUACCAGCACGUUGUCAAUUGCCCCAGACUCUAGAAGGCCUUCUUCUUGUAUAGAUAUCUACGUUUCUGCCAUGGAUGAGAUGCAUUCUGACACGGAGCCUCUUGACAGCUCCAUAAAUAUUCUUGGUACUGGAGCUGCAGCUCUGCAGGCACACAUAACUUCUUCCAUUUUAGCUAACAGUGCAUAUAUUAGCAGUACACCUGGAGAAAAGAUUUCUGGCAGGAGUCUUGAUUAUGAGGAAACCUCUGGAAUAGAAACAAGAGCAUUUUCUUCAGACUAUUCACAAAUCACAGACUGUCAAAUCCCCUGGGAUUCAGACCCUCCCUUGUAUCACACUUUAGAGCGAUCUAAAAGCAGUCGUUAUCUGGCUACAACUCCAUUUAUUCUAGAGGAAACACCAAUUGUAAAAUCUCACAGUUUUAUGUUUUCUCCAUCUCGAAGCUACUUCAGCAGCCUUGGCAUCCCAGUGAAAACAGCAGAGUACACAAGUAUUACAGACUGCAUAGAUACAAGGUGUGUGAGCACUCCCCUGGCCAUCGCAGAAAGGGCCAGUUUCCCUGGAAGUCUCAGUGGCAAAGUAGAGGAUUUGGGAUGUUGCCACCCAGAGAGAGAAGCUGAACUAAGCCACCCAAGCUCUGAUCAUGAGGAUAUUGAGGCCAAAGACAAGAAGGGGAUCCCUUUAUCUCCUCAAGAUGGCAAUGCUACAAGAACUCUGGCCAACAGCAUCCCACUUCCAAAAAUAGAGCGGGCCAACAGCUACUCUGCAGAGGAGUCCAACAUGUUAUAUCCACAGCACACACGAAAGAGCUACUCUAUCAGUGACAAACUUGACAGACAGCGAAACACAGCAAGCCUGAGAAACCCCUUCCAGAGGAGUAAGUCCUCAAGGCCAGAAAGCACAGUGGACAACCUGUCCAUGAGGAGAUUGUCAAGAACAGGAGCCUUCCACAGCUCUGAAAGCAAGCACAGCUAG